AUGUCGCAUGUCAUGAAUUUCACUGAAGGUCUCGGUAAAAUACAGUAUAGCAAUCUUCCUUUAUGGGUGUUUGAUAUCGCCAUACCCAUGUUUGCAGCAGUAGUGUUCCUCGUUGGUGUGAUCGGCAACGGCGUAGUUAUACUUACCAUGCUACGAUAUAAGAAAAUGCGGAAAUCUGUAACAAAUAUCUACAUACUGAAUCUUGCUCUGGCGGAUUUUUUCUUUUUCUUGGUUCUACCAUUCGUGGUCUAUUUCAACAGUUCUUUCGACUGGAUAUUCGGUGAAGUCAUGUGCAAGCUAACGAUGGGUCUUGAUGGAAUGAAUAUGUUUACAGGAAUAUUUACCUUAACAUCAAUGGCUGUAGACCGAUACCGAACCAUUGUUCGCUUAGUUGACACGAGAUCUUAUCGACGCAUUUCUAUAGCUAAGUUUACUUGUAUAGGGCUAUGGGUAGUGUCCCUGUUGAUCACGCUUCCACUUUGGUUUUACGCUGAGGUGGAGCCGCGUCGUGACAAUAUAUUGGUCUGCACUAUCCCGUGUCCCGUAGCAGUAAAGUAUGGUUUUAUGAUUACAGCGUUCAUUCUCGGGUUUGUCGCACCACUUGUUAUUGUAUGUGUAUGCUACACAUGGAUCGUGACUUUCCUUCGCAAUCGGAAGCAAUCGUUAACAAUAACGGCAAUAAAAAUUGGCAGAAUUUCCACAUUGGUGUUUGUAACAACAGGCGUGUUUGCCUGUUCGUGGUUGCCUUUCUGGAUUGUUCGCAUCGCCUUGUUAGCUACGCCGAAUGAAGAACCAACAAAAUCGAUGGAGACAGCAUACUACAGCAGUUUGUGUCUAACUUUCGCGAAUGGGUGCCUUGAUCCUUUCAUUUACGCCUGCUUUAAAGAAGAUAUAUAUCAAAAGAUAAGGAAACUUUGCUCUUGCUUCAAACGAGUGACAAAACCGGUUGAAUCCCAUUUAUAA